AUGAAAAAUUCAGUGAUUGUUUCGAUUCUUUCUUUUCUCUUCAGCACCGUCGUACAUGCUGCCUUGCCUCCUUCAGCGGUGGUUGGGGCAGGUACCGUUGUCGGCACUACGACGACUUUACCUUCGUCCACGGCGUUAGUGAACAAGUUCCUGGGCAUUCCAUACGCCCAACCACCAGUUGGAGAUCAACGAUUUCUUCCGCCCCAGUCGUUAAAGUCGUUUGUCGAAACACCCCUAAACGCGACUGUAUGGAGCAGCAAGUGUUUGCAAUACAAGAUCAUUGACGACGGUAUUGCUGAAAGCGAGGACUGCUUGUUCCUUAAUGUGUUUGCGCCGGCCGCGGUGGGCUGUUCAAGUUCCGGACGGCCGGUCCUGGUGUGGAUCCACGGCGGGUGGCUCCGAGAGGGAACGGCCAGUCAGCCCAUGUUUGACGGGUCCAGCUUCGCGUCCCAACAAGGGAUUGUCGUUGUUACCUUCAACUACCGUCUCAAUGUAUUUGGGUUCCCGAACUCCGAGCAGCUGCCUCUCGGAGCCCAAAACCUCGGCUUUCUUGACCAACGCCUUGCCCUCGAAUGGGUGCAAGCUAACAUCCAUGCCUUUGGCGGAGACCCUGCCAAAGUCACUAUUGCCGGCGAAUCUUCUGGUGGCUCGUCCGUCGACCGCCUCGUCACAACCAUGCACACAAACCAGAGCUUCCGGGCGGCCGCUUUAUCGAGUGGACAGGCAACGGUCAGCGCCAUUGGUAGGGAUGCCGGUCCCCUAUCGUGGGCAGCUCUCGUAUCAAUUCUGGGAUGUAGUGGAGAAGAUGAGACUGCAUGUGUCCGAGGGGUUGAUGCUUCAACAGUGCAGAAAGUCGUUUCUGAUCAUGGCCUGGAUUUCAGCCCAGCCAAUGACAACUUUACGCAGAUGGAGCUACCGUAUCUGCCAGCUCGUGCCGCCGGUGAUCUGGCGCCAGUACCAAUACUGAUCGGCUCGACCGGACAAGAGGGAACUUACUUAGCACCCGCGUAUAACCUGGACAUCCCCAAUUUUACGGAGCCGGUUCUUGUGCAGUUCCUCAACGGCCUUACUGGGGGUGACUCGGAAAGCGUUGGGGGUAUGUUACAAGUUAUCCAACUUGUACAACAAACGAGUGGAAUUUCUCUGUUCCACGCCGCCGCACAAGUCUACACCGAAAUUGUUUACCAAUGCCGUCCUCCCUAUUCAGUUGCUCCGCUCAUCACUGACACGCUGAAGCCAAAUCUUCUGAUUUCCCAGACUUCGGCCCAGAGUGGCAUUCCAACAUGGAGGUACUACUACAACGCCUCUUUCCCAAACCUGGCUGCAGGGGGGUACACUUCUGAACAACUCGGCGCAUCGCAUGGUUCUGAUACGCGAAUGAUUUGGGGCACAUAUCCUCGAGAGGGAGCUACUGACCGACAGAUCAGCCUAAGUCGUUACUUGCAGACCAUCUGGGCUGGUUUUGUAAAGGAUCCUCUCAGAAAUGGACCCGGCUGGGAGAAGGUGGGCGUCGAUGGGAACAAUAUUGCUUGCAUUGGGUGUGUAGGCAGCGAAACCAUGACUCUCAUCGACUCGGCCACUGUUGAUGGACGAUGCGCCUUCUACGCUCCUUUCUUUGACAAGGUCAAGACGCCUUUUUUGAAGGAUUAG